UUUUGUUAAUGAUAGCAUUUUUUAGUAAACAAAUUAAGUAAGACAUUAUGCUUUGAAACAAUAAGUAACAACGAACGAGCUAAUGGCAAUAGCUACAUAUUAAUUAUUAAGAUAGGUUGUAGUUAAAUCUCGCUAACGUUAAUUUAGUGCUAAAGUGUUGGUUUCUUACGUCCACAAAACAACAUCGGUAUUGGGAUGAGUCGUUUUUAAUUCGGCUAGAAAAUACGUAUUUUGUGUAUUAGGUUAAUCUACGUUGGGUGAUCAAAACCUUUUGGCUUUCAUUGUAAAGGGACCAAACUGUCUCAUGUAGCUAGCUUGCUGGCCAGCACAAGUUACUCUAACUUAGCCGGGAAAGGACAGCAGGCUGAUGUAGUGAAAGAGGUGACAGUGACAGAGGUUCGCUUUGCCUUUCUUGCUGAGUGGUAUGACCCUACUGCAGCUCUCCUGCGGCGCUACCAACUGUUCUACUACCCCAAAGAUAGCUCAGUGGAAAUGUUUGAUGUAAAGAACCAGCGAAUAUUUUUGAGAAGGACCAAAUAUGAUGACAUUCAUCAAGAGGACCUGUUUGUUGGGAAUCGAGUGAAUGUGUUCUCACGGCAACUUAAUCUGAUUGAAUAUGGGGAUCAGUACACAGCAAACAAACUUGGCAGCAAAAAAGAAAGAACUCUGGCUUUGAUAAAGCCAGAUGUAGUUACCAAGAUCGGAGAUGCCCUUGAAUUGAUAUACUCCUCCAACUUGAUUGUGACCAAAGCCAAAAUGACAAAGCUUACAUGGAGCGAAGCGACAGACUUUUAUGUGGAACACCAGUCAAAGCCUUUCUUCAAUAACCUUGUGCAGUUUUUGUCCUCUGGGCCUGUGGUUGCCAUGGAGCUGAUGGGUGAUGAGGCCGUGUCUAUCUGGAGGAAGCUCCUGGGACCUGCAGACUCUGCUGUGGCACGGAGGGAGGCACCACAGAGUGUCCGUGCCCAGUUUGGAACAGAUGGCAUCAAAAAUGUUGGACAUGGCUCUGACUCACUUGCUGCAGCAGCUAGAGAGCUUGAAUUUUUUUUCCCAUCCACAAUUGGCCAUGGUCCCUCUAAUACAGCUAUCUAUACUGACUGCACAUGCUGCAUCAUCAAACCUCAUGCUGUGUCAGAAGGCCUGGCUGGGAAGAUCCUGAACGCCAUAUCUGCAGCUGGAUUUGAAAUCUCAGCCCUUCAGAUGUUUAAUGUGGACCGGGCAAAUGCAGAAGAAUUCUAUGAAGUUUACAAAGGUGUUGUCGCAGAGUAUCCUAGUAUGGUGACCGAGCUGUGUUCUGGACCCUGCAUGGUCCUGGAGAUCCACAGCACAGACACACAGCAGACAUUCAGGGAAUUCUGCGGGCCCGCCGAUCCAGAAAUUGCACGGCAUCUUCGUCCAACCACAUUGCGUGCUCUUUAUGGCAAAGACAAAGUGAAAAACGCAGUCCACUGCACAGACCUCCCUGAGGAUGGUGUUCUGGAGGUGCAGUAUUUUUUCAAGAUCUUGGAUGGAUGAUUACAGACAAGAAAACAUGCUCACUCCAGACUCAAAGACUUCACAGUUGUCUCAUUUUUCAGUUUAUUGUUUCAGCCUUAUGCAGAUUAAAUAAAGUGACAAGAGCAGA